AUGUCUCUGAACUGUGUGAUCCUAAAUGAUAGCAUGACAUCUGAUACGUCUAAUGACAGCAGUUUGCCGUUUAUUCCGCUUCCAGGCGAACUGGUAGUUUAUCGUUCACCAGAUAGGACUAGUUUACAAAUUACAAUUCCACACUCUUUGAUGAGACGAAAUUUCCUCAAAGCCGUAGGAAACGUUUACGUCACCAAUAAAAGAGUUCUGAUGAUAACAAGUGCUCUACGAGGUGGCGACUUUCAAAGUUUUAAUUUGCCGUAUAGGACUAUCACUCAAUCUGAAUUAGUAACUCCAUGGAUUGGGCCUACCAGAUGGAGAUGCAGCUUUAUAGUAGUCAAUCCUUUGGAAUGUGGGUUGCCUCUAGCUUCAAAUCAGACACAUCAUUGUUCGCUGGAGAUUGUAUUCAAUGAGGGAGGUUUUGUUGAGUUUGUUAAGGAGUUUGAAACGUUAUUUAUUGAAGCAGGAAGAUCAGCAGGUAUAGAAGAAGAGGACUUGCCAGCGUACCAGGAACCCGAUAGCAUGUGA